CACAGGCUCCUGCAGAGAAAAAGCGAAGGGGAAAUACGAAGCUGCAUAGUUGGUUCAGGAAGGACACAUUGCCGCUUUUCACUUCCUCCGGAGGAGCAGGUAAAACAGCGCCGCUGAUUCCAUCGACAGCACGACAUCAGCAGGCUGAUGAAGAUGACGAAUUUGUGUCGCCCCGCCUUCCGCUAAAAACCAGUAAAGCAGAAGCGAAUUCGCCGGGUACACUCGGUGAGGAAGACGAGCUUCAAACUCAGCAAGGAGAGGAGGACGUCGGGGGAGGUCGUGGAGGAAAAAAGAAAUGGAAAACCCGACAACGAUCGGAGCUUCACGAGCUGCGGGCAACCGAGUGGAAGGCAAAACUUUCAAAGUGGGAGGAAAGUUUGCGACUGACAGGUCGCUACUUGGUGAAACCGCAUUGGCACGACGAUGUGUCCGAUUCCGUCUUCACGUGGCGGAAUUUCCGGAGCUCCCGCCCCUUCGAACCGAAACUGAACCUGACGGACAGCACUCACGGUUCCGGUAAUCCUAGCACUACACCGAGUACCGAGUAUCUGCAAGGAUUUGUCAACGCGAGGAAAUACUACGGCGCAUUGUCGCUUUCAGCGUCCGGGCAGUCCGGGGUUGAGCCAUACUAUCGUCCGGAUCAGGUGCG